CACUAACAGGGAUGUAAACAAAUUUGUUUGCACAAAAUGUGAGAGAAAUAUGUGUUUUGUGUAUAUGGCACAUUUCUGAUAUAUUUUAUUUCAGCUCAUGAAGCAUGGGACCAACACUUUACAUGUUGCGUUUCAUAUUUUUUUCAGUGUAGUAAUGCUGGUAAUUUAAAGGACACAACUGAAAUCUCUGUCUUAUUAACUUUAAAAACCUGAAGACUUAAUCACCAGCAACAUUCAAAUCCAAGGUCAGAUUAUUGUUGUUAUUACACCAAACAAUAGAUAGGCCUAUAUUGUGCCUGCAGAAAGGGAACAAUGUUCCUCUAAUUAGAUAACUGUAACCUAUGACCUGAAUACCUUCAAAUAUUAUACCUAAAGGAAGAUGACUGUAAAGUCUUUAUCCAGACUCCAAAGUAAGAGUAAUCUAGUUUAUACAACACACACAUGGACCUUUAUACAAUCUCAGAGAGCUGCAAAUCUCAUUCACACAGAUUCAAUGAGGAAGUAUGGGGUGCAAAAAGAAAGUAUCUGUCUAUCAUUGUAAGUUUAUACCGUUCUUUGCUGUUUUUAAGUGGAGCGCCAGCCUAGCACCCUAACAGGAAAUGAGAAGUGAGCACCCACACAGGAAGUGUGGCCAAGCACUGUCCCGGAUGUUGGUUAUGUGAUGUGAGUAGACUAUUGACAAAAAGGCUGAGCGACUGAAAGAGAGAAAUGGAGUGAAAGUUUAAAUAGACGGAAUAGGAGGUAUUUGAACCCAUUUUCCAAGUCACUCUUCUUUUUAUGACGACUGGAGGCUUAGUAUGAGGCUUCACAUGAAUUGUUACAAAAAUGCUGUGUUUAUAUUAGGUAGUGUCCUUGAUAUGGUUCAACAACAUACUACUGUAAAAUCUUCACUGAUAUCCUCUGGGUCGGUCCAUGGACCAUGACCUAUACAUGUACAUCAUGGUAGCUCAAGUUGAUGGUUAGCAGUAGACAUGAAUAUUUAGGAUACAGUGAAAACGCUCACACCCCCACCAUCUGGCUCUCACUCUCUAUUUCUCUCCAUCUAUGCUCUCCAACUUCUCUCUCUCUCUCUCUCUCUCUUUCUGUAAAGGCUGCUCUUCUGUGGUCAGGAAGUAAAUGCGCCUCUGUAAUGUUUCAGCAAAAGUCAUUGCAAAGCACAUCCGCUGUGCCACGCCAAAAGAGAGAGAAGUAAACAGGGUUUAUAAAACAACCUCUUCCUUAAAAUAUAUUAACUGGAUAGUGUUUGGUAUGCAGAAGUGAAUGCACCGGAAGCUAACCAACCACAGGAGUCAACCAUGACAGCAUCACUUUGACCUAAUUCCAAGAUGGAUGCCCUGGCCAGCACAGAGGAACGAGACUAAACUAAGUUGAGCCAUAUCUCUGCUUAGGACUGAGUGAAGAGAGAGGUUAUGGAGGGGUCUAGGGUGCGCUCUCCUCUCCCAGACCUCAGGGAGCAAGACAGCCAGACAUGGCCCAAUAUGGAUCUCCCACUACAGAGCAGGCCACUGGAGGAGGCUAUUGGGUGGAGAGAGAUGGAGGAGCAAGUAAACCAGAUGGACAGGGAGGAAGAGGAUAACUCUCAUCAGACUGGAAGGACUGAGGAGCCAGAGGAGCACUGGGAUUCCAUGACUUUACCUGUGUACCCCAUGAUCCAUCCCAGUGUCCCUCUGUCCUUUGCCACGGUGCAGUGGGACAUAACCAACCCCUCCCCUGACAUUCCCUACCCCAUGACUGACAACAGCUCGGCCGAUGAGCUGGACUCCAGUGGAGCGGCCAGUCUGGACUGGACUGUGAGUCCCCUGUCCCACCACCACCACCAGCAGCAGCAGCAACAUCAAGCCUGUGUGACAGGAAUCAACAUAGAGCUGUCUGUCCAGGAGAAGACACAUAAUCACAACAGACCGGAGCAACAGCUGCCUUUGGACACAGACCAGAGUGAAAGCUCCCCUCGGGCAUGUGAUACACCAAGGCCAUAUGUGGAGGAGCAUGCAGCACACACACAGGAAGAGGAGGCUUCAGCACAAGAGCUAUUUGAGGACCAUGACUCUCUUUCAGGGAGACGUCCAUGGCCAGAGGAAGGGAUAGGACAGUCUGUGACAGAGGAGACUAUCACACCCUCUGAUAUAGCUCCUAGCUCUGUAGAAACAGGAGAGUCCAAGACUAGGCCGGAUAGUGAGAGUUUAGGCUCUGUGCCGGGAGAGAAACAGGAACAGACUGGCACAGUCCUGACUAUACAGAUCAACCCAGAGCAAGGAUCCAGCUCUACGGACUAUGAGGAGGAGGAGGAGGAGCAGACAGAACAGAUAGGACAGUCAGAGGGGAGGGAACAGUCGGACAGUGAGGAGGAAUCAGCGAUGAUAGAACUCUUGGAGCACCUGCUUGAGCCAGCUGAACUGAAAGAACAGUCAGAACUCUCAGAGAAGUCUGAACACAGUGGGCAGUCAGAGCCUAAUCACACAGAACAGAGUGAAUACGGGAACAAUAAUGAGACAACAGAGCAGCCAGAAGACUCUGAGAAACUUGUAGAGUCCGACCAGGUAGAGCAUUCAAAUCAGUCAGGGGACGAAGACCAGCAAACUGAAGAGGCCCAUUUACAACAGGCAGAACAGUCAGAAGUGACAGACCAGUCAAAACAAUCAAAAGAAUCAGAGCAGACGCAACAGACAGAAUGUUUAGAAUCAAAACAGACGCAACAUUCUGAGCAAACUAUGCACUCCGAGCAGACAGACUUUUCAGUGCAGGCAGAACCACAGACAGAACCAUCACAGCAGACGGAACACUCUGAAGAUUCUGAGCAGUCAAAACAAUCAGGGCAGAUGGAGCAGUCAGAGCAGACGGAGCAGUCAGAGCAGACGGAGCAGUCAGAGCAGACGGAGAAGUCAGAGCAGACGGAGCAGACGGAGCAGUCAGAGCAGUCAGAGCAGUCAGAGCAGACGGAGCAGACGGAGCAGACGGAGCAGACGGAGCAGACAGAGCAGUCUGAGCAGACAGACAAACCAAUACAUUCAAAGCAGUUAGAAGAAUUACUUUUCCUUUGCACAGAGGAGCUUGAACAGACAGAACAGUCAGACCAGACAGAAGACCAGAAACAGUCAGGGGCUGAACAGCCAGCGCAGACUGCACUGACUGAGUCCACAGAAGAGCUUGAGCAGACAGAGCAUGUAGAACAAUUGGAACAGAACGUUUGUACAGAGGAUUCAUGUUUGCCGCCCAGGGAAGGAAGUGGAGAGCAACUGGAGUCUCAGGUACAGCAGACAGAGGCCUCAGAACCAGUGGUGGUCCAUAUGAAUGGUGGAGGUUUGGACAGGGAGAGGGCCUGCAGGCUGGCUGAAAGACUCUACAGGCUGGAUGGGAUCUACAAGACAGAUGUGGUCAAACACCUGGACAAAGACAAUGACUUUAGCCGAGCCGUUGGGGAGGAGUACCUGAAGUUCUUUGACUUCACCGGUCAGAGACUGGACCAAGGCCUGAGGUCUUUCCUGAGGGUGGUGGUGCUUAUCGGUGAGACCCAGGAAAGAGAGCGGGUGCUGCAGCAUUUCUCCUGUCGAUUCCAGCAAUGCAACCCUCACACCUUCUCCUCUUCCGGAGAAGUACUCACACUCACCUGUUCUGUGAUGCUCCUGAACUCUGAUCUGCAUGGACAGAAUGUGGGCAAACCCAUGUCUGUGUCCAGCUUCGUGUCCAACCUGGAUGGGAUGAAUGAGGGUGAGAGCUUCAGUAAGGAGCUGUUGAAGGCUCUCUACAACUCCAUUAAGAACGAGCCUCUGGAAUGGGCAGUUGAUGAGAAGGAACUGAAGAGCUCCAUGUUGUUGGCGGAGGAUGCUAAAGAGGACGCACCCCUGCGCUCCAAGAGCAACCCGUUCCAAGAUGUGCCGCAUGACAAGAAGGCCACAGUGUUCAAACAGAGCUUCCUCAAACGCAAGGCCCACGCUGACAUCGAUGGCAAACGCACUCCUUGGGGGAAGAGAAGCUGGAAGAUCUUCUAUGGAGUGCUGAAGGGAAUGGUCCUCUACUUGCAGAAGGAUGAGUAUACGAUGGAGUGGCAGAGUACAGAGGAGGUGGUCAGUGUGCACCAUGCCCUGGCAGAGCAGGCAGCAGACUACACUAAGAGACCACACGUCUUCCGCCUGCAGACCGCUGACUGGAGGGUCUUCCUCUUUCAGGCCUCCUCCACAGCAGAGAUGAUUUCAUGGAUCAGCCGUAUCAACCUGGUGUCAGCCCUACACUCCUCUCCUCCCUUCCCUGCUGCCGUGGGCUCUCAGAGGAAGUUCUGCAGACCCAUCCUGCCAGCCUCGCAGUCUGCACACACACUGGAGAGACAGCUGCAGUCCCAUGCAGGCAUGCUGGAGUCCUUCCAGGAAGACCUGGCCUACCUGCAGCAGAGUCUCCCUGACGGGCGCAGGGCCAAAGCCAAGGAGAUGGAGGAACACCGAGUCAGAGAGGAGUACCUGCAGCAUGAGAAAUGUCGCUACGAGGCCUACAUCCAGAUGCUGGAGGUCUGGAAGGGUUUGAACCAGUCAACUGAGACUGAGGUGGGAACCAGUGAGCUCAACCUGUUUGACAGAGCUGUGUGUAAGGACACAGUGGAUGAGGAGGGGGAGGAGGGAACCCUGAAGAAGUCCCACUCCAGCCCCUCCCUGGAUCUGGAGAUGGCCUCGCAACCCGUGGUCAAAGUUAAACGCAACAUCUCGGAGAGACGGACCUAUCGCAAGAUCAUCAUACCGAGACGCAACCAGGACAUAUGAGGGCAGGUGUCCAAAAGAGAGACACAUAGAACUCUGACAUGACUUUUCAAUGUUUUUUUUUUAGGACGGGGACCAUGUGUUACUUCCAAGCACAGUCUUUUUUAAGUUUUCAUUUUCAGCUUGCACUUAUUCAGCAAGAAGGCAAAGGUCAAUAAAACAGAAUGCAUCCCUCAGGGAA